GGUCAUGCUUCCUUGCGCGUCGUUUCGUCUAUUGGGAAGUUUCGAGAGCGAGCGGUCGCGGAAGGUGGGCGGCAGCGUGAUGGCGCCGGUGCCGGCGAGCGUGGCGAGGCAGGCGGAGAUCCUGAAGCAAGAUGGGAACAGCUACUUCAGCAAGAAUCGCCUCGGCGCUGCCAUCGAUGCGUACACCGAGGCUAUUACCUUGUGCCCGGAUGUGGCGGUCUAUUGGACGAACCGAGCGUUAUGCUAUAUGAAGCGGAAGUUUGCUGUUUUGCUUUUUGAGUUUUGUAGGGAAUGGGAUAGGGUCGAAGAGGACUGUACAAGUGCUCUUCAUCUAGACAGCCAUUCCGUUAAGGCCCACUAUAUGAUGGGACAUGCAAUGUUGGAGAGGCAUGACUAUUCUGGAGGAAUCAAGCAAUUGCAAAAGGCAUUAGAACUUGGAAGGGGUGCAAAACCUUCAAGCUACAUUGUUGAAGAAAUAUGGCAGGUCCUUUCCAAAGCGAAGUACUUGGAAUGGGAGGAUAUGUCUAGUAAGAGGGCAUCUGAAUUGCAGAAAUUGAAGGAAACAUGCGAGAAAGCUCUUCUGAAUUUUUAUGCAAUUGAGGAUUCUCAAGAUGGCACUGAGGAAGUUGCAGAUGAACGGUUGCAGCAGUUGCAAUAUCUCGAAGAGGUGUUUACCAAAGUUGGAGAAGAUGACCGACCCAAGGAUGUGCCUGAUUAUCUUUGCUGUCAAAUCUCACUCGAUAUCUUCAGGGAUCCUGUGAUCACUCCUAGUGGCAUUACCUAUGAGAGGGCGGUGUUGCUUGAUCAUCUUCAGAAGGUCGGGAAGUUUGAUCCCGUGACGAGGGUGCCACUAGAACAACACCAGCUGGUGCCAAACCUUGCCGUCAAAGAAGCUGUUCAGUCCUUCCUGAAUCGACAUGGUUGGGCGUACAAGAUGAGCUGAUCCUGGUUCCUUGCUCCACCAACCAAAACAAAAUGGAAAAAAAAAAAAUCAUCUGAUCAAACAGAGUAUGUUGUAUUCUUUAAUCAUUACUUUCUCUUUCGAUAUCCUUAAUAAACAACCUUCAGGAUUGUAGCAGUGUUCAUGUACAUAUAUACACACACAAAUGGUUUCAUUUUCUGAUGAAAAUUUAGUUAGAAAUGAAUGUGAAUCUCAUAUUUGGAACUGUA